AUGGGUCAUCUUCGCAGCCUUCCGAAACCUCGUAUAAGCGAAAGCGAGGAAUCUUUCAGCAAGACAAUAAGUCACAUGAUGUAUGGUUUUGGUGAUGACCCAAAUCCACUCCCAGAAACUGUGGCACUUGUGGAGGAUAUUGUUGUGGAAUAUGUGACGGAUUUGGCACAUAAAGCCCAAGAUAUUGGAUCAAAGAGGGGAAAACUAUCAGUUGAGGAUUUCCUGUAUGUAAUUCGCAAGGACCUGCCAAAGCUUAACCGUUGUAAAGAAUUGCUGUCUAUGCAAGAGGAGAUAAAACAAGCAAGGAAGGCUUUUCUGGAAGAUGAAUAG